AUGGGGCAAGGCCAAGGCCCUGACAGUUCCAGCUAUGACAGCCGUAGAACCCAAGGCCAAGGCCCUGACAGUUCCAGCUAUGACAGCCGUAGAACCCAAGGCCAAGGCCCUGACAGUUCCAGCUAUGACAGCCGUAGAACCCAAGGCCAAGGCCCUGACAGUUCCAGCUAUGACAGCCGUAGAACCCAAGGCCAAGGCCCUGACAGUUCCAGCUAUGACAGCCGUAGGGCCCAAGGCCAUGGCCCUGACAGUUCCAGCUAUGACAGCCGUAGAGCCCACGGCCAGGGCAAUGACAGUUCUAGGUACAACAGCCGUAGAUAUGAGAGCCCUAGUUAUGACAGGUCGGGCCAGGAAAGUCUUAACGCUGGCUCCUCCAGCUAUGACAGCCGCCAAUAUGAGAGCCUAGGCUAUGACAGUCCACGCCAGGAAAGCAGUAAAACUGAAUUAUCAAGCUCUGACAGUCGUGAAUAUGGGAGUCCCGGACGGGAAAGCCCAGACACUGACCCCGACAGCUAUCCAAUCAAUGAAGCGACUGCGUAUGAAGAGGUCGAGCCCGUUGAAGAUCACGGCCCUGUGUGUGCACGGACCUGUCGGCCGCAUGGUGACGUUGCAGAGGAAGUGUGGGCGCCGGGGAAGGUGUACCAGUAUAGUUAUCGAGGCCACGUCACCAGUACCUCUGUGGAGACUGACGGGGCCGAGUCAAGUAUGGUCAUCACGGCUACAGUCUCCAUCACUGCCAACACCCUCUGUGACCUCAAGCUGAAGGUGAUGGACAUGAGAAUAGCAGAUGUGGCUGAUGAGGACUCACUAUGGUUCCGGGAGGCCGUGCAGGACCAUGACCUACACUUCAGCUACCAGGGAGGCAAGAUAGAGCACCUGUGUCCUCACGAUGAUGAAAACGCUGUCGCCACAAACUUCAAGCGAGGAAUAUUGUCAUCAUUGCAGAUGAGCAUCUCCAACCUGGCAGAGCGGGAGCAAGUCAUUGUGCAGGAGAGCGACGUGUCUGGGGAGUGUGAGACGAGGUACACUGUCAUUCAGCUGGACAAUGAAGAAAAUUCGAGGGUGAUGGUGAACAAGACGAAGAACAACUGCCGUGCCGACACCCACUUUCCCUACAUCCCUUAUUCCCAGCACACCUCCAACACCUACAACAGUGAGGUCCCUCUCUUCGGGAAUAAACAGUCAUGCCAGAUGACCCUAACCAGUGGCGUGUGGGAGCGUGUGGAGUGUACUCAGGAGCUUACGGUAGACAAAGCUCCUUGGGACUUUGGUAGCCACGCCUACCUGGCCUCCACCACUGUCUCCUCUAGCCUCCUCCUUCACACAACACCUUAUGAUGCCCAAGACACCUUCCUACAAGGCAGUCAACGACAAAGGAGAGAAUCACUGAGGAUGGACCUGGAAGGAGCCAUGCACGCUGAUGAGGCCAGGCAACACCAAGAGUCCUCUGAAAUCCUAGAACAGGUUGCAGAGACUUUAACCAACCUUCUGACUUCUAUGAGACCAAAUUCUGAAAUAGAGGAGCAGAGACCCCACUUCUUCUCCCACCUGGUGAGCCUUUUGGGUCAACUCAAGCAGGAGGUGGAUUUGGACGAUGUUUGGGACACCUACGGCAGUGAGGAGGACCACAGGGAGCUGUUGUUGGAUGCUCUACUACUGUGUGAGCGCGGCCCCUGCAUCCACCUGGUGUCCCGCCUGGUGCAGGAGGACCACCUAGCUCUAACACCCAACAGACUCACCACCUGGCUCACUGGACUCCACUUCCACACACAUACUGACCCUCUUGCCAUCACUCAUGUCUUGGAUGUGGCCCAGAGUCAGGUGAAUGUGGCCCCUCAGGCAGUGAUGGCUGCCUCGAGUAUGGUCUACAGAAUGUGUCAGCAAGACUCUUCCAACUGCCUCACUCACGCACAGCCUUUCCUGGAGUAUGUGAGGGAGGAAAUAGGCGACUCUUGCGGUUGGGGAGAAUCAAGAGAACGACAACAACAAGUCAAACAGAUGUUGAGAGCUUUAGGAAAUGCUGGAGUGCUGCCUGACCACCGCUUCCCUGAGAUGUGCUACAUGAACAAGAUGCUGGUGCCAGAGCUGCGUGUUGCUGCCCUACAGACUUACCGACGCAGUGGAUGUGCUGAUACUGAAGCUCCUUGGACGAUUCUGGAGGAUGUUGAUGAGAAGGUGGAUGUCCGGAUAGCAGCUUUCCUGGCUCUUGUCCCCUGUGCCACCCACACCCCGGGCUUCUUCAUGCGGAUCAGUAACCUCUUGGAAAAGGAAGAUGUCAAUCAAGUUGGUUCCUACAUCUGGACUCACAUGUGCAACUUGGCAGAACAGCCAGACAACAGUGAACACAGCAAACAGCUGGCCAAGUUAAUGGCCCAGCACAACUUGCAUGACAAGUUUAACACCAAUGCCUUCCGCACCUCCCGUAACUACCGCUAUGCACAGUUUAGUGAAAUGCUGAACCUGGGUGGAAGUGUAGAUACUGAUGUGAUCUACACACCAGAGUCAUACCUGCCCCGCCAAGCAGCCGUCAACCUGACCCUUGACCUGAUGGACAAGUCUAUCAACAUCUUUGAGUUUGGCGGUGACUUCAGAGGCCUGGAAGACUACAUCGAAAGAUUAUUUGGUAAAAAUGGUUACUUUGAAAAUGAGGGAAUUCAAAAAGUGUUGGGAAGUCUUAAACCAAAGAAUGAUGUUCACCAAGAAAAAGUCGAAGAAUUCCAGAGGCUGUACGAUGAGGCAAGAACAAAGAAUGAGUUGGAAACUGAGCAAGGAGACGAGGAGGAGCGAAGAGCCUCCCUCUACCUGAGAAUGUUUGGUAAUGAGGUGGUCUACCUGGACAAUGUUCUUAACACUAACCCACUGCAGCUCCUGCAGCAGUUGAUCCACGACUUCACAUCUCCAAAGUCGUUCCAGGUUGUGAACCAAGAGUUCUUGAGAGCAACAUUGCUGGGUUUCCCACUUCGCCUAAAACUCAACGCUACUGGCUCAGUGACUUUCAGCCGGUCGGGCACAUUUGAAAUGAGAGGUUAUCAGAACAUUCUCAUGGAGGGCAAACUCUCAUCUUCAGCAGUUGUUGCCAUGGAUGAAAUGCUCAUGGUAGAUGGAUACACUUGCUCUAGUGGCAUCAGGAGAAGAACAACACAUCUGAGUCACUUAGAUAUUGGUGGUAAAUUUUCACUUGAGGAUGGACAGAUUGUAGAUGCACGAAUUGACAUGCCUAAAUCAGAAUUGGCAGCAGUGAGUUCAUCCGUAAAAGUUUCCCUCUACAAGAAUUUACAAAGGGACUGGGAAGAACAAAGAUCUGAAACAGCAGAUGAGGAGAAAGAAGAAAACUGCUUUCCAGAGAGUUUGAGUAAUGCUCUGGGUGUUUCUGUGUGCAGUAGUCACAGUCAUGGUGUACACGGAGGAGUUGUUCCUGGUGCCCCGUAUGAAACACAAGUUACAGUGUCCAAAAGUGAUAACUUUGACUAUUACGUUUUAUCAUUUAGGAAACUAGGAAAUACUGUUGAAGCUCUUUUUGACACCCCAGGUUCUUCUUAUGAUAGAAGAGUUAGUUUUCAGGUAGACGUUAGACCAGAUGGUGCAGAGGGUUAUAUUGUGAUACCCGGGAGGGGUGUAGAGGGGCAGUAUGAGAACACUGGGUCAUUUAAAAUGAUCAGCCUUCAAUAUCAGAAAAACUCAGAGCUUCAAGGAGAAUUUGAAUUAUCUCUUCAAAUAACAAAAGAAGGUAUAAAUACCAAGUUUGCUCCUAAGUUAUUCCUGUCUGUGAAAAAUGUCGUUGACGUGGACAUAGACGGCUCUCUGUUGUUGGGUCCAGAUGUCUUCAGAGCUGAGGGAAGCAUUAUGACAAGUCUCCAGGCAGAAGCAGCGAGGAUCUUUGCCAAAUGGGAACGAGGCGGUGGUCAGCACAAGGUUGAGGCUGGGUUCAAUCUUGGACAAAUGUUUAUCAGCACUUAUGCAACUCUAUUGACAAGUCCUGAGAAAACGAUGCUGCAGGCAACAUGUGAAUAUGGCUCAGGUCCUGGUCAGUCACACUCACUGUCUUUUACACUGGAUUCAUCACAGCUGGUGGACAAUGGGCAGAAAACAACUCGGGGUUACUUAUCCAUGCAGUCAAGCCAAGCUGAAGCCUAUGUGGAUCUGGACUUCAAGUACCAACCUGGACAUGCAGAAGCCAGCACAAACAUCUCGGUUUUCAACACUGAGGUGAGCUCUCAGCUGGUGCUCAAGAACAUUAAGGAGGGAGACAAGAGAGACUUCCAAGUGACAGUCAGCUUUGCCAGUCCUCAACUGAACAUCAACUAUCUGGGUCAAGCUAUAUACAAGGUAUCAAAUCAAGCUGGACUAGUCGAGGCGGAGGUCAAUCUUGGAUCACUGCUGUUCUUCAAGCUUGCACUGACUUCCUUACAAGAGGAUGACCCACUGCAUUUGCUCAGUGGAUUCCACUUUCAGAUUAAUGAUUUUAUAAUUCAGUCUGGAUACAACAUUGACCUGAGUAAGCCAGACCAAGUUGUCAUUCUGAUAAGCAGCACCGUUGGACCAUUAAUUGGAGUGUUGCACCUAGAGGCAGAGUACAACCCUCAGAAACCCUUCAAUGCCUCGCUCGAGGCCUACGCUGGCUAUGACACACAACAGGCUGGGCUCUCUCUGCUCACCUCCUCUGACCCUGACUGGCAACACUUCUCUGGUAAAACAAAACUUAAAUGGUUUGACUGGUCAUACAACGUUGAGCACAAAGCCUUGUGGAGCCCUGAUAAGAAACAAGUGAAGUUCUUCUGUGGAGAGACAUCUGUUGAAGCUACACUCAAAUCCUCACCAAACCCUUAUGCCGAGCUACAGAUCCACACUAACUCAGAGGAAAGUUCCCCUGACCUGCAGAUAGCAAUUAAGAAGCAAGAGCAGACAGACGACAACACCGGAUAUGAGGCCUACGUGAAAACGGGCAGUGACAUCCUCUUCCACUUCUCUUCUAUUUACUCUAUACACCAUACAUUCACGAGCAGUAUAAAACUGUUAGAGAGUGAGAUACAGGUGUAUGGUGAACACAGCCAACCUGAACCACAUCUUAUGGAAAGCAAAGCACAAGUUACUGUCACAUUACCCUCAAAACGGACCUUUGAUUCUUUCCUGAGUUUUUCACACUCCUACGAUGGCAUCACACGAGAUGUAAAGGUUUCCCAUCGUUAUAACAACGAUAUCAUCGAAGGUCACAUGACUCUUGCACAUCAUGAUGGUUGGUUCAUGGAUGACACGCUCAGCUUCAUCUUCUCUCUAACAACACCUUUUGCACAUCUACACAAUGUUGGAUUUACCUUUGAGAGCCAUGGAGAUCCCUCACUGCUGGACUUUGUUGAGGUUGAAUGGGAAGAUCUGAAGAUUCGUGGGGAAGCCCAGCUAAGUGACCCAACCAACCUAGAAGCAAAAUUACUGUAUGAAGAUGGAGGUACUUGUAACUCUCACAUCCACAUAUAUCACAAGUUUGAUGGCUUACAGUACUUGACCGGGGCAACCUUAGGUGUGACAGCAGCACAUGCUCCUUGGUCAAUUCAGGUUAUCACCAAUUUGGGUCAGUCUGGCAUGGAAGAAUCCGUGGAAAUUCAGCUAAGUUUCCAGUCUCCCUUGUUAACAGUGCCUUUCCAGCUGCAUGGAACAUCUAAGGUUGCAGAGAAUCAUUUAGCUCUUCAUGUUCAGGCAGAGAUGGAAGAAAAAGUAACACUUACAUUCUCUGGAAAGAAUGAGUUUGAAAAUAUGAAUACUCGAAAGUUCUUAGUAGGUUUAGACUUUAACUCUCCUUGGACCGAACCUGUGCAUCUCAAUAUCACAAAUACUCAAAACGAUGACUGCUUCAAUGUUACAAUUGACUUCUGGUCAUUCUUGCACCCAAUCAAUUCACUGACAGCUGAGUUUAAUGCUGUUUAUGCUGUGCUCGAUGACAUCAAGGCACACUUUUAUCUGUCACAUGAUCAGUUUCAGGUUAAUAUGGAUUUAUCUCACAGUUUGGCUGACAGAAGUAUGAAUAAUCACUUUGAAGCCUCGGUCAAUUCAGCAAAAAUUACUGGUCAGUUUGAUGCCAAGUGGGAUGGAGACUUUGUCCCAGUAACUACAACUGGACAGUUAUCUUUUGUCAACUUGUUUGAACAUCAAUUCGACAUAACUUUGUCUCAAACUAAAGAACAUAAAAUUUUCAAAACCGAAUUGGUUGGUUUGUGGGAUGAGCUGAUAUAUAGAGUGGAUCACCAGCUUAAUCUGAAGAGACCUUUGGAAUGGUCGAAUGUGUUGCAAGUCACGCUUCCAGAUCAAGAAGAAGCUAUUGCUGUUGAAAUCUCACUCAAUGCUCAAUAUGACUUUUCUUCUGUAAACUCCAGUAUCUACUUUGUCUCCCCUUGGACUAAAGAUACCAAAGUCGAAGCUGCAUUACAAAUGACAGAUUCUCUAACAAACUUUGAAUUUAAAUUAUUUUAUGAUAAUGAUUCCAUUAUAAAAUUGAUACUACAGUCUACUGGCCCAGUACAUUGGUGCCUUGCAGAUCUAGAAUUAGAAGUGACUUCUUCUUUCUUCAAGAGAAGUUAUAUUAAGUGGGAGCAUAAUUUGGAAACAGAAAAUCUUGUAUUCUUAGAGAUCACCCAUGGAGCAAACUUCCCCUCAGAAGGCAAUGACUUCUAUUUCAAAGGUACAGGUAAUUUGGUUUACAACCAGGGGUGGUAUGAUCAUGAAUUUUCACACUUUGACUACAAUCUCAUAUUUAAUUACCCCAGAUCACAAAUUGACUUGAUUUCUGAAAUGAAUAUUGACUCACAGUUCAGUGGAAAUUUGAGAGCCAAGUUGAAUGACUAUGUCUUCUCCAUAGGAUCAGCUGUUUAUGACGGAUUGGUUUUCAAGGGUACAGUUGGUGUCCCAGAGUUAAUGUAUGAAACAGAGUUGAAAUAUGAGAUGGGAAACAACAACUUUCCAGAUUUGCACUAUAGACUGGCUAGAAACUCUGUAAAUGUUUUUACCUUUGCAAAUAAGUUUGGUUCUGUCUAUCCCAAAUUUGAUGCCUUGUUCACCAUGAGUGUUUUAAUGGAGAGAAACAAUAUGGCCAAGAAUGGGCAGUUGAGGAUGAAGGCUGAUUUGACAAAUAUCCAUGAUUAUGCCUUCAACAGCACACUAAAACUGGAAACUGACUUUGAGGGCUUUGAAAAUUAUUGGGCUGAAUUAGAUACAGAUGUGAAUAUCCAGUCUGCAUCUAUUGAUGCUCACUUUAAUGGACUUUUGCACAUCAAUGACUGGCAUUACAAAACAAGAUUAAUUGGCUCGCUUGAGUUGGGACAUGAUAUCAGUUUGGAAUAUACAUCAUUCUAUGAUCUAACUUAUGAUGAACAUCAACUUGACCAAAAAGAAGUUUCUUUUUCAUUUACUAUUACAAAUGAUGAAGUCUUCCAGGGCAAACUUACAGUUCAAGUUGGGAUUGAUGAUCCCCAGUGGACGUUGUUCUUAUAUUAUAGUAAAAAGGAACAAGCUUUUGAAAGUUAUGUUAUUCCUGGUAACACGAAGAAAUAUGAAAUGUCAGCCCAGGUCAACAGACAUAAAUUUUCCACAGAUGCCCAAAUAACCAGUUCCGAUGGCUCAAAAUUCCAAGUUCUUCAAGGAAGCAUAAACUGGAACAUCAGGAGGCGAAAGAAGCAGUUUAGCAUUAAUAUGAGUUCAGAUUAUGAUUCAAUUAAGAAAAUCAUGGGACAGGUCAUCCUACAACAGAAGAAAGGCUUGGCAGCAAAUGCAAACUUCAGAGUCAAUGAAGAGAAUUUUGUUGGCAGCAUAAGGUACAUCUUUCAAGAUGCAGAAAACACUGGCAGAAUAAGUAUUAGGGCUGAAAAUAAUAUUUAUUUGCCCUUCAAAACUGACACCAAUAUAAACUUCUCCAUUGCACCAAACAAGUAUGAAUCUGAUCUGGUGAUGGAUCUGAAUGACCAAAAAGGUUGGUUUUCAGUAAAUGUGAAAGCUAGUCUGCCUGACUCAUACCUUCGACUUCAAAUUCCUUAUGAAGGAUUUGAAAAUAUAGAUCUAACAGUGAACAUUGACGUGGAAGACAACUGGGGAGUAAAAGUGUCAGUUCAGGCUCCAAAAUUUUGUGCUAAUUUUGAGGGUACACUUCAUAAGUCUCUGGAGAAUUUAUUAAUUACUAUAAACAUUCAGAGAGACUGUACAGGAGAAGCAAUGUUUGCAUUUAAAUUCAGUUAUGCCAUAGACAAAAAUUCAUUUGAUUUAUCAAGUAAUUGCCAUAUGCAAGACUAUGGUUCAAUAUAUAAAUUUGAGAUUAUUAGUGUUGGUACUUUUGGUGAAGGAAACCUGAAGAUGGAAGGACAAGUUUACCCACAACACUCUAUUGGUGUGGAAUUAAUAUGGACCUCACGUGAAACUCUGUCUUUCAUGAUACGAGCUUAUGACUUAUAUGUUGAUGUAACACAUUUCCAGUUCAAAUAUUCCUCCUCACUGAAAAUUACUGAAAUCAUCCUUGAACUUAAUCAAAGAAAAUUACUCUCAGUUGAUGCUAACUAUGACCUGCAGCCAGAAGAGACCAUGAUUGAUGCCACAUACUCUCACUCCCUGUUUGGAUCAUCACUAAAUGUAAAAUUCACAGCAGAGAUAAGCAUGAAAGAAGACGAGGGAAACAUGAAGCUGCUUCUCACAACUGAUAAAACAUUUGAGCAGGCUGAUCUUUUUAUAGAAUAUAAUCUGAAAGAAGAAAAGCAAGGGAACUUUAAGCUAUCAACAUCACUAGGUAAUGCUGAAGGCAAUGUUGUGCUACAGGAAACAGAAAAAUUAUUCUCUGUCUCUGCAGAUAUGAUCUCAAGCCUGCAUUCAUUCCGAGAAUAUUAUUUUAAGUUUGAUCAUGAGCAGGAAGCUGAUAAUCAUCAUUUUAAAGUCAUCAGUGUGCAAGAUGACAUUGAAUUCCAGCUUAAAGUCUCAUCAGUCAUGGAAGGUGACACAUCCAUGAUCAAUCUUAAUCUUCUGACACCAUUCAAAGAAUAUGAGAAUUUUGAUAUUGGGUUUAGUUACCCUGAGCCAAAUUCACCAGAAAAACCUUACUUAGCUCAUAUUCACAUGCUUUUAUCUGGAAGUUUGUAUGGAAUCAAUAUUAACCACAAUCAUCAAGAAUCUUGGAGAAGUCAAAAGACAGAAGUGACAUUCAUAUCUCCAAAAGAUAAAUUUAGUAAUGUCUCUGCAUCCUUCAUGUAUGAUAUAGAUGGCCAAGUAGCAGUGCAGUUUAAUGCCUCUCAAGGCAGUUUGGGAAUUGAAAGUACAUGGCAUUAUACAGAAAGAAAUAUAUUUGUCAGUAUAACAUUUGAUUUAAAAUGUUUUGACUUGGGUAAAUACUUAUUUAGUGCUGACAUUCCUCUCCUUCUCUCACAGAAUGGUGAGAUUAUAUUCGAGCGCCGUGAGACAGAUUUAGAUCUUAUUGCUAAAGUUACUACUGGAGAAUUCUUCAGACAUGCGAACAUCAGUUUCGUGUUGAUGCAAAUGAAAUCUUCAGUGGACAAUGCCUCAUAUUAUAUGAUGAGUUAUGAACUAGACAAUUCUCUCAAGAUUGAUGGGCAGUAUGAGGGCUGGAAGGCAAUGGCAGAACUAGAACUUGGAAGAAAUAAAAUUCCUGGGAUGUCAGGAAGUUUUAAGAUUAAUACAAACAUUGAAGGCUAUGAAGCAGUAGACGGGAUGUGGAACAUAAGAAAGAGAGCUGAAACUUACAGUGCUGAGAUCAAUAUAGACAUGAAACACCAGGGAACCAUAGCACUUAGUGUCAUAUUUGAUGCUCACCCCCAGGGUGCACGAAAGUCCUGGGAGAGUGGGAAGCUGACCAUAUUCUUUGAGUCACCCUUCACCUUGACUCAUCAUAUAAAGGCAGAAUACCAGUUAAAUGCUUUCAGUGUAGCAGCUUCUUACCAGUAUGGCCUCGAUACAUUCCAAAUUAAGUUUAAUUCAAAACUCAAACGGAAGGUUGGCACAAUCUCACUAACAGGUAACAUUCCAGUACGAGGAAUUUCAACAUUUACCUUCGACCUCAACUACGGGUUAAAAGACACUAUAAUUGCCAGUUUGGUGGCAAUUGUUGAACAAACGACUGUUGAAGCUAACUUGGAGCUUGGUUCUUAUGGGAUAGUUGGCUCAGUAACGUCAUCUGUGACAUCACCAUUUGUUUUGCCAAUAAAGGCAGCACUGAGCUGGUCUUUCAAUGAUGAGAGUUCAGUUUAUGUCAAAGCAACAUUUGAUUCUGGAAAACAUACAGGAGAAUUGAAGAUGACCCUUGAAGACACCCAUAAUUCAAAACAACUUGAAUUAUUGAUGAAAGCGCCAUUUGAAAUGUUUUCCACAUUUGAUUUUAGAGGACAGUUUACUUCCUCGGAGUCUGACCAUCUGCAUGCCUCAGCUAACUUGACUGUAAACCACCAUGUCUUCAAAACAGAAUUCACUUUUAUAAAUCGUACUUCUGAAAUUAAGUUAGAAUUUUCUGGAUUUAUAGAAGUUUUUGGAAGUAAAGGAUCUUUGGAAAUGGUAUUUGGGAGAAUUAAUUAUGUCUAUGAAAGUACAAUGUCAGGUAAGAUGACUGGCUACAAACCAUUCCAUAUAGUCUUGACUUUUGAUAGUCAACACAUCCAGUCAACAGUAAAAUAUAACAACGUGACUUUAUUAAGUGCACAUCUUAAUUUCUCCCAAUUAACCAUUAAAUUUGCAUGGGAGGACUACACUUACUUCAGUUUGAGAGCUCAUCUCACCCCAGCAGAUGAUGGUUAUGAGUUUGAGCUUGAAUUAAAUAGUUCAGUGACAAAACCAUUGACAAUACAGCUCACCUACUCUGAUUCUGAUGGCCAUAAGGGAAAUGCUCGUAUAACACUCGGCGACACGGUUUACAAAGUGAAUGCCACAGUACAUGCUCGAAAAAGGCAGUCCACUCUAGAAUUUCAUUUAGACUCAUCAGAAAAUCCGCAUACACCAGUUAUUGUUAAGGUGGCAUAUGACUUGAAGUCCUUCCUCAGAGGUAGGAUGAACUCUAUGGAGGAUUUAGCUUCUGCUUCCUUUGAAUGGGGAGAUGCUAUUCAUCUUAAAGUAACAGGGAUGCAUCAUAGAAAUCGCGCCAAGGUAAAUAUUGAGAUAUCUACACCGUUUAAAUCCCUGCCAAAGCUCCGCCUUGGCUUCGAUGGUGAGUUCUUGCAUAAGAGAUCAGUUGUUGACUUCACAUUCACAGCCUUUGUGGACUGGUCUCAGAAGAUCACUCUCACUGGAUUUUUCAAGCACAAGAAUAGAAAUCUUGACCUUCACUUUUCUCUUACAACUCCAUAUCCAAUACUGGAAAAGUUGUCAAUUUCCAUGAAGUUCAACUCUGGUCAUAUAGAAUCUACUCUUGAGUAUAAUAGCAAUGAGUGGCAUGUUGUGUGUGACUAUACACUUUCCCCAUCAUUUUCUUUGACCUUAACUGCCAAAACACCUGUCACAGGAUUUGAGAGUCUCACCUUUGUUACCUCUGCUGGAUUGGAAGAUGGUGUAAUUAAUGCUCAUGCUGAGUUAACCUGGCAAGAAACCAAUACUGUGAAAUUGCAGGUUGAGAUGCAAUUAUGGACCUUAGAAAUAAAGUUAAGCACUCCAUGGAAACCUCUCCAAGAAGCCUCUUUCAUGACUUCACUGAGAACAGAAAGUGAGGAGCUAAUGUUCAUAGCAGCUCUAGUGUGGGAUGAGAGAAAGGUAACAACGACCAUCAUCAACUCUCCAGUACGAUUCCAACUUCUUAGUAAAUACGAGAAGAACAGUGAAGAAAAUGGACUUGCCAGAGCUGAAUACCAACUCAGUGACCAAGAAUUUAAAUGUGAAAUAGAAAUACAAACUCCCUUUAAAUCUUUCAAAUCUUUAGAGUUGGCACUUAACCUUGGAGCACAAGAUCACCAAUUCAAAGGUAAAUUUGAUGCUAACAACAAAAAAACUCUUAUCGAGUGUAUAUAUGCUGUCACUGGUGGUAAAUUUACGGUCGAUAUUCCUGUAGCUGGUGAUUUCAUGUUUUCUCUGGAAGCCACCAACAUGUGGAUGGAGAUGUACUCACAUGUCGCCUUUGUUUACCCAGAGGCUGCUGUUCCACUGACUGCAUCCUUCAACUACCACAUCCACCCAGAUGACACAACAGCAAGUCUAGAUAUAAACUUUGAAUCUCCAAACUUAAGCUUAGAGUCACUAAACUUUAAUAUGACUGGCUCUUAUGAUAAAGGAAUAGGAUUAAGUAAGGCUUCAUCGAACUUGCUCUAUAAGAUUAGAGACAAACAACCUUCAAAAUAUGAUAUGAUUUUGACUUCCAGUGUUAUGGAGGACCAGUUGUCUUUGACACUUAAAGUUGAAAGUGACCGUAUCAACGUUCCAUAUAGUGUGAAGUGCCAAUUUCCAUUAUAUAAUGUGUUCUUAGAAGAAGGAAUUAUUGAAUUUGUUAUAUUUAAAGAGCAGGAACAACUGUUUAAAUUAUCCUAUGAGACAAUGUUUUCAGAUGAAGACUCAGUCAGUCGACACAUAGUGCUGGAGUUCCCUGAAUGGUCUGCUCAUGCCCAGGUUGUGUUCACUGGGGAGUCCUUGAGUAUUUCCUUCUCAUACCCAGAACCAGCAACAAAACACACACUUCUUUUCACAUGGUCCGAUGAUUUUGGAUUAGAGAAAUUUACCAUUGGAGUUGAACUCGACUCACCAUACAUAGAUAAAAUCACAUUUUAUAUGACUUUUGUGGCUCAAAGAAAAUUUACUUUUUCACUGGAUUCUGGAAUAUCUUAUGGUACAAAAAAGAUUGAUGUGAAAGGACUGUUCCAAUACAUAAAGAAGCUUAGUCAAAUUAAGUAUAGUGUGCAAGUCACAUCUGACUGGGUUGGUACACACUCAGUAGAAGCAAACAUUCAGUGGUUGAGCAACAUUUCUGCAGAUAUUAUACUUAACAGUCUGGAUAAAGAGCAUAAUAUUAAACUCCUAAUAGAUGUCACCGCCUACACUGUAGAUCUAACUUGCCAUUCGCCGUGGCUCCCAUACGAAGAUAUAAUUGUGACAGGAACAAUCAACAAUGAUUUUGAACCUUCAAACAUUCAAUUUGAAGGUCAUCUCACAGGCAAGAGAGGUAUUGAUGAAAUUUCUGCCCAAGUGAAGCUUGCAAGCACCGAUCUCUACAACGCCACAGUCUUAGUCUCUGUGAGACAAAACUUAAAAGAAGUGUUUAAGUUAUCUGGCUCUUCUGAGUUGGAUGGUACUAAUCUUAAAAUAAUUUAUAGAGUGACAAGUAUUAUUACAGAGUUAGAAAGUUCUUUGCUUCUCCAUUUUCAUAAUAACGAUGUAAAACGGCGUAUAGUGAUAGAGGCACAAAAUAAUGCGCUCUUGAAAACAUUUCAUAUGGAAAUCAUUAACAACAAAUAUUGGAAAAAUACACAACAGAUAACAGUAAGGUAUAAUGGAUACCAUUUUGAAAGUUCAGUUGAAAUGGGUGCUGAGAAUGGAAAGUUCAGAAUGUACACUACUUCUGAUUAUUUCUAUUACAGUAUAAAUGGCAUUUACAAUCUAAAAAAUAACUUUAACUCUCACUUGAGCAGUAAGACGUCUUUGGAUGCCCUUCAAGACUUUAAAAUUGGUAUAGAAUGGCCUGCCAAUGAGGAUGGCUACCUUAUGAGUUUUUACUUGCUUGGUGAGAAUGACGAGGAAACUGCUAUGUACAUAUACAGUAUGCCCGACUCUGUGAUGGGACGGAGUUUCACUUUCUUCCUCAAAACUCCUUUCAAGGGAUAUGAAGAGUUUGAAUUUGUAACUCCUCAGUUUAAUUAUAAGGAUUACAUCUUUAGAGUGUUGCUUCAAUACCCAGGUUUAAAGACAGGCAUUGUUUUGAAAAGUUUGAGCUUACAAGAAUUAAACUCUGAUAUGCAGUUCAUCAUUUAUCUACCAUUUGAAAAAUAUGAAAUAAUGUCCCUUAAAUUUGAAUCGGUCUCCAGUUAUAGAGCAAUAGAUGUUCGAGUUGGCAAAGUAGGUCUUACAUUAUCUGCACGAAUGAGUGGGAAAACUGUAGAUCUUCGAGCACGAGUUAAUGACUACAGCAUGAAGAUCCUUAUUCAAUCAAUUUUUCAGAGACCAAGUGCAUUUAGAAUGAAAAUGUAUAUUGAUUUUCACCCCAGAGAACUAUUGGGUGUUAACUUCUUCAUGAUUGAAUACCAAUACAAUCCUUUGGAAGGAAUUUACUUUUGUGCAAGGACUGACCAAGAGGAGCUCCUGAAGGCCCAAGUAUCAUGGGGUUCAGACAAAGUUUUUGCAAUCACUACACCCAAGAGGUACCCAGCCUACCUGGUCCUAAACUUAGCAUCAACCAAAGAGCGUAAUGACUACCAGCUUCUUGUUGGUGUCUCACUCAGAGAAGAUGGCUCUUGGGAUAAUUAUGGAUUCCAUAUACAUCAAGAAAUCCUUCAAGGUGGGCGCCAUCUCUCGCUGUCAGGAGAAGCCUCAGAAAAUCAGUUUCAUGUGGAGGGAACAUUUUCAGCAAAUUCUUUCCAUUUCAAUGAAAGUUUAAUAUUUGAAUUAAACAAUAAGAAAAUGGGUUAUAAAAGUUUGUUCCAGAGAGAACCAGGUUUCUUCAGUACUGUACACACAGGUGACAUCUAUGUGCUGCUGCCAGCUCAAACUGUGCACUAUAAAACUAAUGCAACAUCAAAUUCAAGAGAGUUAGAAAUGUUGUCAAGCUUCACAUGGAAUGAACAAGAUCCUGAAAUGCCACCAAUUACCUUCAAGGUGAAUUAUAAUGACAAUUCUUUCUUUGGACAAAUGAGGCAUUACUUAAAAGCAGUUUUCAGUCAUCCUGAUGUUAAAGACAUUUACCUUGAAUGUGACAUAAAGCAAGACCAAAACUCACCAUUACAUGGUUCAGCAGAACUUGUAGAUGGAAACUCUCCAGAGAGGAAUAUUGUAAUGAUGCUUGACAUACAACCUGUUACACAAGAUGGAGAACACAACAUAAAAGUCAACAUCUCGCAGCCUUUCUCUGAAUUUGCUCUGACCAUGGAUGCUCUGGUCUUAAGAUCAGUGUUCACCAGGGGAGAUUACAGGUUUAAAUAUUGGAGUUUAACUAAGGAGAUAUGGGAAGACUUGAAUAUCUUGACUGCUGUAAAUACAACUAAUAGUGGCUAUGACUUUUCUGCAAAUAUUUUCUCGUCUCAAGCAAAGUGGGGCUACAGUUACGAGGGGGACGUUCAUUCUUGGGAUAAUUCGGCCACGUUUAACAUUCAAGGAAACCCAAGCGACUGUGGAGAAUUUUGGAAAUUUGGAACGACAAUAAACAAACAUUUACCUGAACUACUUGUGUAUCUGGAUAUUGGACAGAAAGAUCAGGAAGCUUAUGAAGAAGGGAGGCUGAGAAUUGGGUUGCAUAAUCCAGUUGAACUUGGGACAGUUUUAGAUCAUAAACGAUUUGGGGAGUGGAGCCAAGAUGGUGCUGUUGGCCUGAAGCUUAUUACACCAGACAUACUCCAGUUCAUCUUUGAGUUUGACCCGUCUCUUGACUACAGUGAUAGCAGCUUCUUACGCCACUUGACCUCACCUGGAGAUAAGAUCCUGAAUACUUGGUGGCAUGACCUGACCUCGACAGCAUUUGCCUUCAAGCAGUGGAUUUCUGCAGAAGGUCCCAUAGCUAUAGAUGUCCUAAUUAAUCAGCAGACUCUACAAGCAGUUUUGGACAGUGAGACUCAUCACUACAAUGACUUCAUUUGGAAUAUUCACAAUGAUCUCCUCAUCAUUAGUGAGAAUAUCACAACCAUAUGGUACAGCUCUCUGCAACCUGCACUGGCUGCUGUUCACAGCUUCAUUACUAUCUUAACCCAGGACUUGCUGUGGUACCUUCAAGAUGUUAUGACCUGCCUGAGUGAUGGGCUUGGCUGGAUGUCUGAGGUAAUGACAGGAGUGUGGCUAGAUGUUGUCUCACAUUUGUCGUCUCUUCAGGAUCAGUUCAUCAUUUGGUGGAACAACAUGACCACAUGGUGGGUGGCAACCUUCAAUAACAUGAUGUAUCAGACAGUGAGGACCAUGAACCUAGCCAGAGGUGCCAUCCACGAGUGCUUGCUCAUUAUUGAGGGAGCCCUGCAGCCGUCCCUCCAGCGCCUCCACCACACUCUUAUAAGAUAUGGACAAGAGCUAGAGGCUGUCCUUAGAGGUCAGUGCUGGUACAAGGCCCGGCAGAUGGUUGAUGAGAUGAGAGCAGCAGUGCUAGAGGACGCCAGUGAUGUUGCAGCCAUUAUGUGGGAAUUCUUGCAACCAAUGGAAUAUUACAGCAGAUUAUUGCAAGUCGUAGAUAAAGUCAAGAUUUGGGUGACAGAUGCCUCUACUAUCGUUGAAGAUGGAUUUCACGGCCUACAAGCAACUGUACAAGAGUCUCCCAUGUUUCAGUUUCUCCAUGAAGCACAGCAACAGAUCCAAAGUUUUCUGUCUGAAGUAUCAUUUGUUGCACUGUAUGAUUUGAUGGAGCAAGGAGUGUCAGGUUUGUGGCCGUAUGUCUCCACAGCAACUGAGGAAGUUCUCAAACUGUGGGGGGAGAACAGUGAAAGAUUCCAUAGAUUUGCUGGUGAGAACAUCUUCUUCAAUUACAUCAACGUAGUGGCAGGAAAUGUUUAUGAUCGGGUGUUGCUGAUGUGGCAAAAUAGGAUGGAAGAUCAGCGUCAUAACCUGGAAACUCUCGAACGUCAACUCUUAGCUGUAAUCGAUGCUUUAAAGGAUCUACUGAAUGAGAACAGCUUUUUCUUUGAAGAAGACUUUGUGUUUGAACCAGUUGUGAAUGGCAAGAUCAUGUAUAACCAACACCUUCCUGUACCUUGGGCAAGUUUCCUUGAAGCUCCCCAAUGGUACAGACUUACCAAUAUGUUCAAGGAGGAAUCUCCUGUGGCUGAGGCACAGAGGAUAUUGUCUGAAGGAAUGGAUGACAUCACCAGUGGGUGGGAGGCUCUGCAUUACCCUGGUGCCUUCACCCCACCCUUCACUGGUACAGCCACCAUUAUGGGUCAACAUGUAACCACUUUCGACCUACGCCACUACCAGUUCCUUGGUCCGUGUUCCUACCUCUUGUUCAGGGACUUUGUUGGAGGAGACUUCACAGUGGUGGGUGUAUAUGAGUCAGAAGCAGGAGUGGUGAGAUUGGAAUCAGUGGAGGUACAGAGUCCUGCCACAAAUGCUACCCUUCAUGUGGAUGGUACUGUGGAUGUCACUGGUCCUGGUGCUGAGACCUUCACUAGUGGUCAUCAGUCUGGUGUGAAGAUUGGGGGUUUGAUGGUGACCUGCAAUAAAGUGUCACAAGGAUGUUCCUUCACUGUCUCAGGCAAAUAUUUUGGCAGACUGGCAGGUCUCUUGGGUAACUACAACUAUGAACCGUCAGAUGACUUCCGUGGCCCUGAUGGAUCUCACCUUGACAGUGCUGCAGAUAUGGCCACUAAAUGGGCCGUCUCCUCUAAACCUUGCUACCAGGUAAACUAUGCAACUCAGCUGGAAGAACUUAGUGUAGCUAAGGGUGUCGCUGACUGUACAGACAUCUUCCUCCAUCAAGACAGUCUCCUUAGUGACUGCUUUUAUCAUGUUGACCCACAACCAUACUUCUGGCAUUGUAUUAAUGAUCAUAAUCGACCUCAAUAUAAGGGUGAGGUUGAGAAUGGAGCAUGUAAGGCGGUGGCAACAUACCGUACUCAAUGCCUCACCCAUGGAAUCAGUGUACCAUCAGUUGACAAGUGUGUGACAGUUGCAGAUGUUCAGCGCAUGGUAGCACCUGCAAUCCCUCAGGCACCCAUUGGCACUGGUACUUGUACUGUGGCUGGUGAAACAGUGCCAAAUGGCUGGUCACACAUUUACGAAGGAGAAACUGAAGGUUCUGCUGAUAUUGCUCUCAUUGUUGAAUUGGCCAACUGCAACAAGGACAAAAAUUUGCAAAUGCUCCUCAAACUACUUAAUGUACACCUCAGGAAAACAGGCAUUCAGGACGUACGAUAUACAUUGAUAACUGUAAAAGGAGAUAAUGUGGAACUUCCCACUGCCUUCAUGAAUGAUAAAGACAUGUCUGCUCUUCUUGGUACGUUGGUCUUGGAGGGGCCCAAAGUUGACCAUGGUGGACCUGAAGCUGUCAUAUCCACAGCUAAGAACCUCAGGUGGCGACCUGGAGUUUCUCGUUCCAUACUCCAGUUGUCAUGUCGUGCUUGUAAUGAAGGCGAUGCAGUUCUUCAGGCUCUACAAUCAAAUGAUGUCACUCUCCAUAUCGUGACCAAGUUCAAGGUCUUUAUGUCAGCAGCGAAUAAGAAGAAGAGUGCAACUAUGGCCAGCAAGCUGAUAGGAUUUGAUGAGAAAUAUGUGUUUACACCAAGAGACAUUAAGAAAUUCAGUGGCAAUGUGAAGAUGCGUGCAGCUCUCCAGGAACCUGAUGGCUCCUGUAUUGAGGCUGCUCAGGCAUCAGGAGGAUCUGUGUUCAGUAUGAAUAAAUGGAUCACAACAAAAAAUGAAGCUGCGAAGAAAUUCCUGCGAGUAUUAAAUCAACGAUUAACUUUCAACACUGUUACCCCUGAAUGUCAGGAGUGUCGAUGUAUCACCAGCACCACAGAAGCAGAUGCCACUUGCCGCAAGUGUUCAGAUAGUUCUGGUUUCCCAGAUUUUAUAGAUCUCCCACAAGUCCCACAAAGUCAGGUGGAGGAAAUGGAAAAGACAGAAGUGGAAGUAACAGAAGUAACAAAGAAGAACCUGACCAUCAAAGCAGAUAUUAAAAAAGAUUUCAUAGAACAGUUUGUUGAUGACAAUGCAGCAUUUGCUCUGGUGAGAAGUGAUGAUGAUGAGUCUGAUGAAGACUCACACAGCGAUGAAUCAGAUGAGAGUGAGGAGGAAGAAGAGAAACAAGCGGGUGGAUAUGAAGAAAGACGUGGAGUAGAGGAACGAGCGGGUGAAGACGAAGAAAUGUAUGGAGGAGAGGAACAGGCGGGUGAAGACGAAGAAAGAUAUUAUGAUUAUUAUUAUGAAAGUGAUGUAGGCAGUUAUGAUGAGUCAUAAAAACUACUCUGCCUGAUAGGUUAAAAGACGAUCUGGUUUUUCUACAAUCAAAGCAGUGUGGGGAGAUACAAUAACAGUUACUCAUGGUUGAUCAACAUCAUGCAAGAAAUGUGAGACAGACACAAACAAGAGGAGGGAACUGUGAUGUGGAAGAAGACAAUAUUGUGCAAAUAUUAUGGGAAUAAAAUUAAAGAUGACCUAGAACCUAUCUGUAAAGGGAUGUAGAAAUUUUGGGUUGACGUGAAAAUGACACUGAAGUAAACAUCUCCAGUACUGUACUGUAUACUGUAAUAUUUCAGUGAGAAAGUCAGACAUGCCUAUGUUGUUCAUGCUCAUUGGAAUUACAUGUGUAACUACAAUUAAAUACAGAAAUUACAUAAACUUCUUCGUCUAAUGGAAUUAAGAAAUAAAAAAAUAUACGUAUAUAUUUAUGUAGCUGCUAUAAUUAUCGUUGACUUUCUGUAGGCUUAUUAAAAAUGUUGGAAGUUUUUAAAAGUUGUGUUUGAUCAUGUUAUGGUUCUAUUGUAUGUAAGAUAUGAAGUUAUUGUACAGGAGUGUUCAUAAAGUCCUUUUCUGGUUUUAAAUGUUUAUUACAACAAAACCAACAGAGAUAGAAUGAUACAGUGUUUUGCAUUAUGUUCCUUAGUUAAUCCAAUUUUGCAUACAUCAUCAUCCACUUUAAUAUGUGCUCCUUUUGUGGCCCUCAGCACAUCCAAAUGAUACUGUACUCCACUUCUUGCCACAUGUUCACCAGCGUACCAGGUGUUACUCUUCCAAUGCCAUCAGUUAUCCAUGUACAAAGGGUUUCAGUGUCACCAACAUAAUUUUUCACAUAAUACCACAAGAAGUCUAAAGGUGUAAUAUCAGGAGAGCAAGGAAGCCAUGGGAUUGGACCAUUGCAAGGGAAUUUCUCAUCGAGAAAUCAAUGCACCAUUAAACUCCAGUGUGGAGGUGCAACAUCACACUGAAAAAAGAUACUUGGAUGCAACUCUAUUUACACAUUAUGAUGGCUUACUUGUCCACACACAAGAAAGUACUUCAUCGGUGAACAUCUCUCUUUGUAAGUAGUCGUUGUCGUCAGCGAUCGACUUCAGCAUCGAACAUGCAAACUCAUAGCCCUGAAGCUUGUUAUUCGGUUGUAAAGCCUGGACUAUUUGCACUUUAUACUCAUGGAAUUUCAAAUUUUAAUGCAGAAUUUUAUGCAUAGUUGUGGUUGGUACUUGCAGUUCCCUCGAUGAUUGCUGAAUAGACUUUCUAGGACUACGUUGGAAUGCUUCAUGAACAUAAUCAAUGGACUUUGCAGACAUCCUUGGACGUCCACUUCAAAACAAGUCGGAAACACUUCCUUUCUCCAUGAACUUGUGAAACCAAGCCCAAAUACUGGGUUUUGAGGGAACUUUCUGAUCUGCUGGCGGUAAUUCCUUUGAACAGUUGUCACUGAUUUGGACUCUGCAAGCCAGACGAUACAUUGUGCUUUCUCCUCUAUUGACAACAUCACCUAUUUUAAGCUUCUCUAACAACACAGUAGGCAUUAAUUCCAUAGAACCUGUGAAACAAAACAAAACAAAACAAAAUUGAUUGGCUAAGGAACAUAAUGCAAAAAGAAUUAUCAUUCUAUCUCUGUUGGUUUUGUUAUAAUAAACAUUUAAAACCAGAAAAGGAUUUUAUGACCACCCUGUAUUUGUUAAAGGCAUUUUAUCAGCAGUUCUAACAAGAAGAUACUUUAUCAUUCAGUGGUAGACCUUGGAUCUCAAAGUUAAUUUUAAUAUUCUUACGAAGUGCUGUUUUAAUUUAUAUUUUAUGCAAAACUCUUUACUUAUAUGCCAAGUGACAUAACUUUUCACAAUUAAAAAUACCAUUUUGCAUCUUAUGCAUAGUGUACUGUAGAUACUUUUUUUUGUGGUAAUUUGUACCUAAACAACACAGUUCAUAACCUUAGCAAGUACAUAUUGUUGAUGUACUUCAUAUGAUGGUGUAAGUCAGGGGUUCUCAAACUUUUUUCACCAGGUACCCCCUGAGUUAUCAGACCAUCGACCCAUACCCUCAUUACUUAGACACUGAAUAUAGAAUGGUACUACACCUGAUAUUGAAAACAUUUUGAAACUGUAAUUACUUUAUUAAGCAGAGAAGCAUUAACUGUAUAUUGAUUUUUGCCAGCCCUCUGGUGUCCCCUGGAAAUCCUCCUGCAUUCCCUUGGGGAUUUGGAAAUCCCAGUUUGAGAACCCAUGGACUGUAAGUCAACAAUUUACUUCACAAAUAUACUCACAAUAUCUUCAUUGGUAAAAUUACACACACUUCCUUCAUGAGGCAUUUACUGUUGUGUCUGUUAAUGUUCAGUUAUGUAUAAGGAAUUACCUGUAUUGAUAACUUUUUUCAGUACAUGUUAAAUUCAUUUUAGAUGCUAUUGUCAUAUGUACUUUCUGCACAGCCUGUCAGCAGAGUAUAUUUGUCAUAUACAGGAUAUUAAUACUGAAAUAUGUUUUUGAAAAAUUAUAAAGAUAAGCUUAAAUGAUAUUUUAUUGUUAAAGCUUUAACCAACAUUUAUGUAAUGUACUGUACUGUAUAACCAAUAGGUCAAACACAAGCAAAUAUUGUGUGUUUGUUUUGUGGUUCUGUCAUGUCAGAGAAAUAUUUAGUUCUUAAAGUGUUACAUUUUUUAAUUGUUAUCAAACUAUCUUUGUGAUAACUUUGUCAGGAAGGUUUUGUUGUAACAUCUCAAUAUAUAACUAUGAUUGCCAGUUACUGAAUUCCUUUGUAGUACAGUAUAUGUGAUGUGCUGAAAUAUAGCUUAUUUAAAUACGUACAGGAUAAUACAGUACUGUAGUUUAAUUUAUGCUUCACCUGUCACCUGAAUGAACAAAAUCUGGUUAUCUCAG